AUGAAAGGCGAAGUAUUGCCAAAGGUCAAAUAUUUGUGUAUUGACCCCUCCGGAACCGGCACAACAGGAAUACUUUUUUUUGCUACGAAUACUAAAUCAAAAGCCCUAUUUUCUGAAUAUAAAAGGACUGUCGGUCUCUAUAAAUUGAUUGGAGGCAUUACGGCUUUGAAAUAUAUUUUUGAUUUUAUUCAGAAAAUAGAUAGCGUGGCGGUUAAUCAAGUAAAACCCUUUAAAGCCAAACUUUUUCGCGGUCAAGAACAGAUUGAAAACUUAACUUACCAAAAUGGUCGGGAUGCUCUGGUAGUUUAUCAUUUAUGGAGCGGUGGCAGUUUAGAAAGCCAAAAAAGUCUCAAAAAAAAAAUAGUCAAGUUAAGGGACAAAAAAAGAUUAGGUAUUAGACAAAAGGAACAAUUGCAAAAAUUAGAGGAAUUGGGAUAUUUAGGGGUUUUACCUAUAAUUAAUCCCGAAGUUGUUCUUUUAGGGCUAAAAUUGGCUGCGGCUUUGAGUAUGAAAAUUAGUCCUUUAGUUCUCUUUGACCGCAAAAUAUAUAAUUAUUUUGAUUUACCCAAGGGCUAUCAGAUUACGCAACAAGAAACCCCCUUUGCUACCGCAGGCCAUUUACCAAUUAUCCAAAAAAAUGAGAUUCAAAAAAUAUCUAUAAAAUCACUGCAAUUAGAAGAAGAUACCGCCAAAAGCACUUAUUCAAAAGAGGAAAUUAAGUUAGAUUUUAAUCGGGCCGGUAAUCCUUUAAUCGAAUUAGUUACUGAGCCAGUUUUUCACCAAGUAGAAACCGUUUUAGUAUUUAUCAAGCAAUUACAAAAUCUUUUGCGUUACUUGGGGGUUUCGGAAGCCAAAAUGGAAAGGGGUCAAUUGAGAGUAGAUUUAAAUUAUUCUCUGGAAUUGGGAAAUAAUUAUUCUACCCCGCGUUAUGAAAUUAAAAAUCUAAAUUCAUUAGCGAAUAUUGAAAAAGCCUUAAAAUACGAAAUUAACAAGCACCAAGCAUUAUUUUCGCAAGGGCAAAAACCCCCAACCAGUCAAACACUCGGAUUUGACGAGGCUCAACAAAUUACUAUUGCCCACCGAGAAAAAACCGAUUACUACUAUUUGCCAGAAAUUUGUAUCAAUGCCAGUCAGCAGGAAAUUAACAGUCUAGUUUUAAAAACCAGUCCCAAAGAUAAUCCGGAAAUCGGCAAAGCCUUAAUGGUUUUAUCUGACCCGCAAAAAAAGGGAGAAUACGACAACGGACACCGAGUUCGGGUGCUUAUCCCUUUGUAUUUAGACCCCGAAGAUUAUAAUUUAUGGUCUCCCUAUGAAAAAGAUAGUGGAGUGAAGUUAGAGGAUUUUAAAAAUAAAAUGUUGGCGGCUCUGGAUAAAGCCUGGGAGAAAAAUAAGAAAACUCCAAAUAAAAUUGGUGGUGAUAAGAUAUAUUGUUCUCGUGAUUGUGCCAUUGAUGGUAUGAAAAUUAAAUAUGAACUUCCAAAAGAGUUUGAGGAAUUAUAUAUGGACCGAGAAAUCCCCAAAACACCUCCUUAUUCUAAUCCCAACACCCCAUAUAAAAGGGACGGCAUUCCAAACAACAACCGAAGUCCUGAAAUGCUUUCGUCAGAUCGAAUUAAACGAUUAGAAAAAGAUAUCGAAAAUUACAAAGCAAAAAAGCAAGAGGUUCCAGAACCAGAUAAGUCCGGAGUUCAAGAUUUAAUUAACGAAUUAGAAAAGCAAUUAAAAUUAGAAAAAAUGAAAGCCUUUUUCGCCCAAAGAGGUGAGACAGAGACAAUCAUCAAAAAGAGCCUAAUUACCGGUCAAACUACUACGGUCAAAAACGGCAAUUUAGUGGUAGAAUAUGGCGGAACUAACCAAGUAGUAGCGGACAAUAAUUUAACUGACGAACAAAAAGAAGUCAAGGAAUUUUUGCAGCAAAGCGGUCAAACCCAUUUUGAUAAAAAUGAAUUAGAGGAAGCUGCUAACCAAAUCAAUCGGGAGACGAACGUCCAGCCCAAAAAUGAUAAUGGUUGA